CUUUCUAACUUGGUAUAUAAACAAUUAAAAAUGAUUGAAAAUUAAGUUGAAGAAAAGGAGAAGGAAACAAAAAGCCUAAAAAGAGGUAAAACAGAGCAAGAAACAAAGAAUGGUGGCGAUAUAAAGUAACCAUGGUUAGUGAAGAACAGAGUCCGGAAAACACGUAAAACUAACCAUGGUCGAGUUAAGUAACUUGAAGAUAGUAGUAAGAGUUUGCGGUGGGACCAUUUGUGUUGGUUGUAUAUAAAGAGGACGAGGAGAGCCACUUGCUGUGAGCAGCUGAAACAAUUUUACAUUUAUGUGAUUGUGAUUGUAUACUUACAAGCUGCACAAUCACUCUUCCUUUGAUCUUAUGAAUCUCUUGUUAAGUUCUUCUUCUUGAUAUAUCAACCCAACCUAACUUUGUCUUUGAUGUGCUUACCUCUCUCAGGCUUAUUUCUGGGAUUUUGUUGUUGCAAUUAGUCUUGUUCAGGACUUUCACUCCUCUUGUAAUAUAUAAAGACAACAUUUGGCCGGCAAAUCCAAUAUCUCAAGUUCAAUUUAGCUUUACAAAACUGAAGAUUUAAAUUUUGAUUCAGAAAAUGGGCCUCUCAAGUCUUCCAGCUCCAUCAGAAGGAAUGCUGUGUGUGAUUUUAGUGAACACUGCUCUAUCAAUCUCUAUCGUCAAAGGCAUAGUCCGAUCUAUCCUCCAAGUUGUCGGUAUCCAUCUUUCCGAAUCAUCGCCUUCAUCCACAUCCUUCGAUUUACCUCAACCCACCAGCGAAUCAUACGACGGACGUGUAAGUCCUCCAGUUAACUACGUUGAAGAGUUUCGGAGCCAGAACCCUGCAAUCAAGUUUGACACAUUGUGCCUCUGUAAACACCCUGAACACGAAUGUUCUGUAUGUUUGACACAGUUUGAGCCGGAAUCGGAGAUCAACAGGCUGUCUUGCGGUCAUCUGUUUCAUAAAGUGUGUUUGGAGAAGUGGCUGGACUAUUGGAAUGUAACAUGCCCUCUCUGCAGGACACCAUUGAUUCCUGAGCUUGAAGAGGAUGCCUCUUGCUUCUGGUAAAGUGUUUUGAGUAGUCAGUCGUGUCGAGUCUGAGGAAACUUCAUGUACAGCGUGUAGUGUACAGGUAACGGCUGGGGUGUAGUGUGAUGCAUGUUUUAUGUGCGAAUUGAAGCUUGAGACUUUGAUGGGUCAAUGAGAAACCAAAUUUUAGUGUAUAUAUUGUGAGGUUUCUGAUGUUUUAUGGCAUAUAUCUUUGCUUUGA